CUCUUGCUUGGUGAGGUGUGUGCUAGUGCCAUAGGUAAAAGGAUGUAGAACGAUUCUCCGUGUCAAAUGUGUGUGUUCCAUUACAAUGUAAACAUCGGAUCCCUCUGCUAAGGCAAUGCCUCUGUCAGAUCGAACCAUCAGGCCCGUAUGGCUGGGGAGAAGGCCCCUUUCAGAGGAGGAGAAAAGUGAGGAAAUUGUACAAAUAGCCGUGUGCCAAAAUGCUGUUUUGGGGGCCCUUGUGCAACUGGCCAGCCUUGUCCGACACGCCGAUGAUAUUUUCUGUGAUUUGGCUGAAGAGUGUCAAAAAGUUUUCGAAAAAACGGAAUCCAUUGGAUACAGGCUAGAAAAUGUGGAUAGGAUAGUCAAACAGUUGGAUUCUACAGAGGUCAAAAUUCGUAAGUAG